AUUCAAGAUAUUAUACCAACAUGGCUUUCUUUCACCAUUUUCUUCUCUUGCUAGUCAUCUGCAGCUUCACAGUUGAAUCAGCUGAGCUCUGGACUCAAAGCUGCAAUGACAACUCCAUCACAAACAGCACUCAGAUAUCAUCCAACAUCGAUGCAUUGCUGGUUCAACUCGUAUCGGGCACUAUCAAAAACGGCUACAUUACAACUUCUUACGGUAAAUCAAACUACAAAGUUUACGGUCUCUCGCAAUGCAGAGCGGAUGUAAGCCGAACCACUUGCUCGACUUGCAUUCUCGACGCAGCGAAACAAAUUCGCCAACUCUGCCCGAAUCAGGCCGGCGCAAGCAUUUGGUAUGACGAUUGCUUUCUCAGGUAUGACACGAGAAAAUUCGCGGGACAAGUCGACACGACGGUCGGGAUUUAUUUUUACAAUGUUGAGAAUGUGACUGAUCCUGAUUCUUUCAACAAGCAACUCGAAACCUUGACAGGACAGAUCAGUUCUGAGGCAGUUAAGCCUGGAAACAGAGGAUUUGGCAGGGGAAAGAUUGGAUGGUCAAAAUCAGAAGAUAUAUACGGAUUGGUUCAAUGCACAAGGGAUUUAUCACAGGCUUCUUGCACUCAAUGCCUGGAUACAGCAGUUGGGAAUUUACGCAAUUUCUGCGAGGAUAAAAAGGGAUGCAGAGUGCUGUACAACAGCUGCAUACUUCGUUAUGAGUUAUAUUCAUUCUUCUAGUUGAUUUCCUCUUCAUUGCCAGAGUUCUUAAAAAAGUGUAUCUGUAUCUGUAUUCCAUAAGAAUUGGAUAGUUUAUAUAUGCAUGAAUAAGAUCAAUUCUGUAAAAUCUAGUUGCACAGGGAUAAUAAUGUAACAGAGAAACUGAAUUUGCUGUGGGUUUACCUUUUUUUGUAACUGCUCAUUUUGAAUCUUUGGUUGAUUUUUGUUUGUUUACAUAUUGCAAUAUCUUAAUUAGACAAGUUGAUGAAUGACGAUCAUCAUUCGUCAUGG